GCUCCGUGAAUUCUUGAUCUUUGUUUUUUGUGUGUUUUCGCUGCAUAUUCUGCUGCUUCUUCUUCAACGUGAUCUCGUCAUCCUCGUCCUCUUUGGCAGCUGCUUCGUUACCUGAAUUGCGCGCACAGCCGGCAAUUAAUUUAGGCCUUACGUUUUUCGGCGUCUCUCUCCCCCCACCGCUCUCUCUCUCACGCUCGCCUUUGCUCUCUGCGGCUUGUGAGCAAAACAAAAACGCACAAACAUGGCCAUGCAACGGGAGGCGGGCGUAGCGGACUUUGUCCUGCUGGACCAGGUCAACAUGGAGAAGUUCAUGGACAACUUGCGCAAGCGCUUUCAGGUUGGCUCCAUCUACACAUACAUUGGCGAGGUGUGCGUCUCGAUGAAUCCCUACAGACAGAUGAACAUCUAUGGGCCGGAGACCAUACGCAAGUACAAGGGUCGUGAGCUGUUCGAGAAUGCGCCCCAUGUGUUUGCCAUCGCAGAUGCGGCAUACAGGGUGCUCAAGCAGCGCCACCAGGACACAUGCAUACUCAUCUCUGGUGAAUCUGGUGCGGGCAAAACGGAAGCCUCCAAGAUCAUCAUGAAGUACAUUGCGGCGGUGACCAAUGCACAGGGACAGAAUGAAAUCGAAAGAGUUAAGAACGUGCUUAUACAGAGCAAUGCAAUACUGGAGACAUUCGGCAAUGCAAAGACCAAUCGCAAUGACAACUCGAGUCGCUUUGGCAAGUACAUGGACAUCGAGUUCGACUACAAGGCGGAUCCAGUGGGUGGCAUCAUAACCAACUAUUUGCUGGAGAAGUCGCGUGUGGUGCAGCAACAGCCCGGCGAGCGUAAUUUCCACAGUUUCUAUCAGUUGCUGCGUGGUGCCAAUGACAAUGAGCUGCGUCAAUAUGAUCUGCAUAAGGAGACGGCCAAGUAUCAUUAUCUGAACCAGGGCAGCAUGGACAUACUCACCGAGAAGUCGGAUUAUAAGGGCACCUGCAAUGCGUUCAAGACGCUGGGAUUCCAGGCGGACGAAGUGCAAACCAUUUGGCGCACAAUUGCAUCCGUCUUGCAUUUAGGCAAUGUGGAAUUCCAAACCAUUGAGGAUGAGAUGGUGAUUAGCAACAAGUCGCAUCUGCAGUCAGCCGCCAAGUUGCUGCAGGUCACCGAAACGGAGCUGUCGGCGGCGUUGACCAAACGCACCAUUGCCGCUGGUGGCAAUGUCAUGAAGAAGGAUCACGAUGCCGUCCAAGCGGAGUACGGCAAGGAUGCAUUGGCCAAGGCCAUCUAUGAUCGCCUCUUCACUUGGAUCAUAUCGCGCAUUAAUCGCGCCAUUCUCUUCCGCGGCAGUAAGACCCAGGCGAGAUUCAAUUCUGUUAUCGGCGUGCUAGACAUUUAUGGCUUUGAGAUUUUCGAUUCGAACAGCUUUGAGCAGUUCUGCAUUAACUACUGCAACGAGAAGCUGCAGCAGCUGUUCAUUGAGCUGGUGCUGAAGCAGGAGCAGGAGGAAUACCAACGUGAGGGCAUCGAGUGGACCAAUAUUGAGUACUUCAACAACAAGAUCAUUUGCGAUCUCGUUGAGCAGCCGCACAAGGGCAUCAUAGCCAUUAUGGAUGAGGCCUGUCUGAGCGUGGGAAAUGUCACCGAUGACACCUUGCUGGGCGCCAUGGACAAGAACCUGAACAAGCAUCCGCACUAUACCAGUCGCCAGCUGAAACCAACCGACAAGGAGCUAAAGCAUCGCGAGGAUUUCCGCAUCACGCACUAUGCUGGCGAUGUCAUCUACAAUAUCAAUGGAUUCAUUGAGAAGAACAGGGAUACGCUGUAUCAGGACUUUAAGCGUCUGCUGCACAAUUCCAAGGAUGCCAAUCUCAGCGAGAUGUGGCCCGAAGGCGCACAGGACAUUAAGAAGACCACGAAACGUCCACUGACCGCCGGCACGCUGUUCCAGCGCUCCAUGGCCGAUCUGGUCGCCACGUUGCUGAAGAAGGAGCCCUUCUAUGUGCGCUGCAUCAAGCCCAAUGACAUUAAGAGCUCCACGGUAUUCGACGAAGAGCGCGUCCAGCAUCAGGUGCGCUAUCUCGGUCUGCUGGAGAACGUGCGCGUGCGUCGCGCCGGCUUUGUACAUCGCCAGCGCUACGACAAGUUCCUGUUGCGCUACAAGAUGAUCUCGCAGUACACGUGGCCCAAUUUCCGUGCUGGUAGCGAACGCGACGGAGUCCGUGUGCUCAUCGAGGAGAAGGGCUUUGCGCAGGAUGUGAAAUAUGGCCACACCAAGAUCUUCAUACGCUCGCCCCGCACACUUUUUGCCCUUGAGCAGCAGCGCAACGAGAUGAUACCGCACAUUGUGACCCUGCUGCAGAAGCAGGUGCGCGGCUGGAUAGCCCGGCGCAACUACAAGAAGAUGAAGGCCGCCAUCACCAUAAUGCGUGCAUACAAGACCUACAAGCUGCGCAGCUACGUGCAAGAGCUAGCCAACCGCUUCCGGAAUGCCAAGCAUCAGCGCGAUUAUGGGCGCAGUAUACAGUGGCCCCUGCCACCGCUAGCUGGCCGCCAGGCGGAGGCCAAGCUGCAUCGCAUCUUUGACUUCUGGCGCGCCUACAUGAUACUGCGCAAAUAUCCGCGCAACGAAUGGCCGCAGCUACGUCUGCAGAUAAUUGCGGCCACAGCUAUUGCCGGCCGUCGUCCCUACUGGGGACAGCAGCGUAAGUGGCUAGGCGACUAUCUGGCCAAUUCACAGGACAACAGCGGCUACGAUGCCUACAGCGCCAUUGUGACCAAACUAAAGAACAGCGGGGCCGGAGGCGGCGAAAGCUUCCGCCAGGUGCUGUUCUCAAGCUUCGCCAAGAAGUUUAACAAGCACAACAAGCAGGCGGAUCGCGCCUUCAUUGUUACCGAUACGAACAUCUACAAGCUGGAUGGCAUCAAGAAGAAGUUCCGCGACAUGGACCGCUGUAUGCCCAUUCGAGAGCUGACCUCCAUUAGCAUAACGCCUGGCCGGGAUCAGCUAAUUGUCUUCCAUUCACCCAAGAACAACGAUCUGGUCUUUGCGCUGCAGAGCGAGUCGACAGCGCCGCUGAAAGAGGAUCGCAUUGGCGAACUGGUGGGCAUUGUGUGCAAGAAGUACCACGACGCUACCGGCACCGAACUGCGCGUGAAUGUGGGCAACAAUAUUGCCUGCCGGCUGGGCGAUAAGUCGCGCACCAUUGUCGUCGAAGCGGCGCCCAAUGUGGAGAAUCCAAGUUUCCGUCAUUCCGCUGGCAACAUCAUCUUCGAGGUGCCUGCCUCGUAUUGUGUUUAGGGUGAAACAAAGUUAAAGAACCCAAUGUAAAUUAACUAGGCUAGUACAUUUGUGAGCCUUGGACGUUUGUCCCACUCUACUUCAAUUCACCUGCAACGUGUACUUGAACCUUCUCCUGUGUAUGCUGUGCCUUCUGCCAACUCCUUUGUAGUUAUAGUCAGAUCCGUAUUGAGAAGUUUGUUUCCCUUGUGUGUUGUAUGUUUGAUAACUGAAAACCUGCAUGAGGUCUCCUUAAGUAAACCAAAAUAUUUUAUGUUAUAGUCACAAAAAAUAAACAAUAACAUCAACGAUUUGUAUAUUUUUCUAUUAAUUUAUAAUUAAAUUUGUGUAUUUGUAAACAAUUAAGGCAAAAGCGAGAGCCUUCAAAUAACACCUCCAGAAUAGAGAGAUGGCAACUUCGUUAUAAAGCUGGUUGAGUCGGCUUCGAUAAAAAGUAUUAAAUGUACUUUGUGCAUUUGUCAACUUUAGCUUUUAAGCAAUUAUUAACUGAUUUAUGUUUGUAUUUAAUGAAAAUGCACACAAACCGCAAAAACGCAAAGUAAUUUUUGUACUUAAAACAAAUUCAAUUUUGAAAGUGUGCCAUUUGCAAAUAUUUCUAUUCUAUUAUUAUUGUCAACUAUUUAUAAAAGUACUAUAAAUAAAAGUGUAUAAAUGGUAAAA